AUGCAUUCUUUAUCAAUUUUUAAUGGCAGAUUUAUUGCUUAAAAGAAGCUAUCUUCAGGUAGUUUUGGUGUAGUUUUAUUGGGUAGAGACAAGGAGAAUAACAUUGAUGUUGCUAUUAAAAUAGAAAAAGAAGAAAAUCAAGAAGUUAAAUCUUUAGAAAGAGAAGUUUAAGUAUUAUAAAGGUUAUCAAAUACAGAAGGUGUUCCAAAUCUAUAUUGGUAUGGUGAAUAGGAUGACUAUAAUAUCAUAAUAAUGUAGCUAUUAGGAAAGGAUCUUGCUUUUUAUAUGAAAUAGAAAAGGAGAUUUUCAAUAAAAACAGCCAUUUAAUUAGGAAUAUAAAUUGUAAAAGUCUUGGAAAGAAUUCAUGAAAAAGGUGUUGUACAUAGAGAUCUGAAGCCUGAAAAUAUUUUAUUUGGUUAGGAGAAUGAAUCUUCUAAAAUAUUUAUUGUAGAUUUUGGAAUCAGUAAAAUAUUUUAGGAUAAAAAUGGGAGAAUCAUGUAUUCUUAUGUUAAAAUUUAGACCUUUUCGAGAUGGAACUUCUUUUAUCGGAACCACUAGAUAUGCAUCAAUAGCUGCUCACAAAGGAUUCGAAUUAAGUAGAAAGGAUGAUCUUGAGUCUUUAAUGUAUGUUCUAUUGUACUUUAUUAAGGGGUAGAAAUCUUAUAAAUAUAUAAAGUCUAGGCAGCUACCUUGGCAAAAUAUGCAGAAUGUUACAGAUGAAGAGAGAACAACUAAAGUUGGAGAAAUGAAAAUGACAAUUGAUCCUAGAGAGUUAUGUAAGGAUGUACCUAUUGAAUUUCCAAUUAUCCUUGAGUAUUUAAUCAGUUUAUUUGAGAUAUUUAAAGACUUUACAGUAUAGAAGUGAACCAGAUUAUAAUUACAUCUAUAAACUAUUUCAAAAGUCAGCUGAUGGCUUAGGAAUUGUAUUAGACUAUAUUUAUGAAUGGGAAAUAUAAUCUCAAAGAAAAAUCUCUUCUAAUGAAAUGGUAAAAUCUUAAGAAAUGAAAAGAUCUACAACUCUUAAUCAAGCUUUAUUACCACCUAAUUAGUAAGAGAUGAAGAAAUCUCUUGAAAAAGGUAAUACUAAUCUAAUGAGAUAAUCUAGUAAUAAUAAUUUCUUAACUCCUCCUUAAAAAAAUUAAUUAUAACCUCCUCUUUUAAGAAGAUCAGAUUCUCAAUAACCUAGUGUUUCUUCCAAUUAAGGUAGUGCUAUGCUUAGCACUUAUAAUUCUAGAAAACCAAAAUAUGAAAAAUCUUUAGUGGCUUUCGAUUAAUUUGAAGAUGUUAGAAAAAGCAUGGAUAGUAUAUAAUUAGAAAACGGAAAUUUAGAUCAAUUAUAAACUGAUGAAUAAAAGUUUAACAAAGUGCACAACUCAAGUCUCUAAAAACCUUAAAUAUCUAAUAAUUAACAAUCACUUUAUUAUUCUGAAACUGUGGGCUGGAAAGAUUCUAUUUUUGAAGAAAAUUACUUAGAUGAUCCUCUCUCCAAAAAAUAUGGAUUACUUAAAAAUAAUGGAGUUGAUAUGUAUUUAUUAAAUUUUUAUAUAUUUUAGAGGCAAAAAACUAUCAUUAAAAAAUAAUAAAAUCAAAUAAUCAAAAAAGAAGAAUUGA